UUCGUUCAGCUGUUACACUUUAAACUGUCCCAGUUUUGCAUUCCUUGGGUAGUUUAACCAAAAAUGGAACGCCAGUUAAUGCGGGACAGCGCUAGCGUCGGGUCUUAGUGAAGCAGCAGAGUUCCAAGUUCAAACACCGCUCCCACAAAUUCAUCAGAGAAUCAACACACUACGGCUUAUCAUUGACAGGCGAACCGGUUUGUCCCACAAGGGUAGAGCCAGAACACCCCGCACUUGGAUAUAUCCGAUACCUGGCUUUAGGUUGACUGGCGACAUGGGUCAGAAGCUCUCGUGUUGCAGAGAGUGCGAUGAAUGGGAAUGGUGCAGAAGUCAAGGCAAGGACCACCCCACGUUGCGUAUACGCAAUGCCAACGCCAACUAUUUAGCAGGGGCUCCAACAAACCACGAAACGGAUGCCUCCAGUUCAGCGGUGCUGGGCGUAAUGAGGGUCGACCUCUGCCUGGAGGACAACCAUGUCGAGCAUCACACGAGUCACUUCUAUGCGGCGGCUGCCAAGGAGGCCCUAAUCGUUAGGAGAGGAGAGCCUUUCAGGCUAAAGAUCCACUUCAACCGAGAUUACAGUCCCAGCAAGGAUGCAAUCAGCUUUAUUUUUACGGUGGCAGAUGACACCAAACCCAGCCCUGGUCACGGGACGCUCAAUGCCCUAGUUCCCCAUGACGGCAUCGAUUAUUUGGGAGACACCCUGGAAUGGGGGGCUGGUAUCGAGUCGCAUGAAGGCCAAACCCUUACCGUGCUGAUCAAACCGCCCUCCACCUGUCCUGUGACGGAGUGGAAGCUGGACAUAGACACGAAGCUGCUGGGGGACGGAUCGCGGAGUUAUCCCCUGCCUCUGCCCAUACUUGUGCUAUUCAAUCCCUGGUGUCCGGAUGAUCAGGUCUAUCUGGAGGAUCGUGACCAGCGCAAGGAGUACGUGAUGCACGAUACCACCCUCAUUUGGAGGGGAUCCUACAACAGACUGCGGCCCUCAGUUUGGAAAAUCGGGCAAUUUGAACGACAUGUGCUGGAGUGCAGUUUGAAGGUCCUGGGAACUGUGGGCAGAAUUCCGCCAGCCUACAGAGGUGAUCCUGUGAGGGUUGCUCGGGCUUUGUCUGCUCUGGUGAACUCGGUGGAUGACGAUGGUGUCCUUCUGGGCAAUUGGUCGGAAGAUUUCUCCGGUGGCGUUGCACCCACCAAGUGGACUGGAUCCGUGGAGAUCCUUCAGCAAUUUCACAAAACCCAAAAGUCGGUGAAGUUCGCACAGUGCUGGAAUUUCAGCGGUGUCCUCGCCACCAUCGCCAGGAGUCUAGGAAUACCUGCUAGGAUCAUCACAUGCUACUCCUCUGCCCACGAUACCCAGGCCUCCUUGACAGUGGAUGUGUUCAUAGACUCAAACAACAAAAAGUUGGAUGCGGAGACCACGGACUCCAUUUGGAACUACCACGUGUGGAACGAGCUUUGGAUGCAGCGACCGGACUUGGGAGUGGGCCAGCAUGGCACAUUCGAUGGCUGGCAGGUGGUAGACGCUACUCCGCAGGAGGCCUCCGAUGAUAUGUACCGCGUGGGCCCCGCUUCAGUUUCGGCAGUGAAAAACGGCGACAUCCUUAGACCUUUCGAUGGCGGCUUCGUCUUCGCGGAGGUGAAUGCCGAUAAGCUCUACUGGCGCUACAACGGACCUAGUCAGCCGCUCAAGCUCCUAAGGAAGGAUACGCUGGCUAUAGGCCACCUGAUCAGCACGAAAGCCGUCCUCAAAUGGGAGCGAGAGGACAUCACUGAUACCUACAAACAUGCAGAGCGUUCGGAGGAAGAAAGGAGCACGAUGCUCAAGGCCCUCAAGCAAUCCCGCCAUGCCUUUAGUAGGUACUACCUGAACGACAAUUUCAAUGAGAUCGAGUUCGACAUGGAGCUGAAGGACGACAUCAAGAUUGGGGAGAGCUUCAGUGUGGUCCUGAAGGUGACCAACAAAAGCGACACUCGCGCCCACCUGGCUACGGGUCAAAUCAGUUGCGACGCCGUCCUGUACACCGGAGUGGGUGCGGUGGAGGUCAAGACCUUGGCCUUUGAACUGCAACUUCAGCCCGAGAGCAGCGACUACGUUCGCAUGGAGGUCAUCUUCGAGGAGUACUUCGACAAGCUGUCCUCGCAGGCCUCCUUCCAGAUCUCCGCCGCCGCCAAGGUUAAGGACACCGACUACGAUUACUAUGCCCAGGAUGACUUCCGAGUGCGCAAGCCGGACAUUAAGUUCCAGAUGGGAGAGGCUGGCAUCGUGGCGCAAAAGGAGCUCGAUGUUAUCCUGCGCCUAGAGAAUCCGCUGCCCAUUCCUCUGCACAAGGGAGUGUUCACAGUGGAGGGGCCGGGCAUCGAGCAGCCAUUGAAGUUUAAGAUCGCCGAAAUUCCAGUGAAUGGUGUUGCGGCCGCAACUUUCAAAUACACCCCGCCUUAUGCAGGACGUGGCACAAUGCUGGCAAAGUUUACCUCAAAAGAACUGGAUGAUGUUGAUGGCUAUAAGCACUAUGAAAUUGAGCCUCGACCGGAGGAUCUGCUGCAUCCCAAUGGAAGCCACAGGAGGAGCAACAUUAUCCGCAGACGCACUGAUAUUAUAGCCUAAGCCGAACUAAGUUAAAAUGAAUUUCUUCUUGUGUUUCGUAGGUUAACUGAUGUUGUAAAUAAUAUCAUUAAUAUAUACAUUUUUUAUUUAAACUAGACAAAUAAAUAAGUUAUUACUUA